AGAGCGUGCAACCAUAUAUCGUAUAUAUAAGCACAUACUGUUUACGGACUUAUAAAAGGUGCACACAUGAUUGUAAACACACGUCUGUAGAUUGGUGUAAUGGCAGGUCUCGGAUAAAUCAGGCUAAACCGUUUGCCAUGGAGCAUCGCGAUGUCACUGAUCCUGACAGCCUCCAUUUGGAGCGAAAGAGGCGGGCGGCCGUACGCACCUACCUCACAAUGUCCAUCAUCCAGUUCACUGCUGGUGUUGGAUCGAUCGCAUGCGCCGCCUUCGCGACCCACUUGAGGGAGGAAGGUUUCCCAUACUACGCAGGCGGCUUCGCAAAUGGAUCGUUUCUGAUCAUCGCGAGCCUGCUGGCGUUCCGCGUAUACAACAAGGGUCCAUACUGUACGACCUGUGAGGACGCUAAAAGGGAGGUCAACUGUGCUGCAAACUGGCACAGAGCUAUUUCAUUAUUCAUGUUUUUCGUGUGCAUCUUCGCCAUUUCGACGGUGUGGAUUUACGGGCUGUGUAUAAUGGACGAGGAGGAAUGUACAUACGAAACAAAUAUCCGCUCAAAUAAAAUACUGGCCGGGUUGUUGUUUGCCUUCGAUGUGGUGGGGAUCAGUACGUCGGUAGUUGGGCUGGGUCUGCUGCGACGGUACGGCCCUGCGUUCGGUAUGGUGGCAUACCGGGGUAGGUUCGGCGUCAUCCGGCAGGUAAACGACUACAGAGACGUAUGGGCAGACAUUAGGCACCAGAAUGAGGAGUACCGACGCCGCAACGGCCCGGCAUCCACUACCGAACCGCAGGGGUUUACUAACUUUGGGUUCGAACCUCCCACCCCUCCCCCGUACAGCCCCACCGACGUGCAGGUCAGCGUUAUCAGCGGUAACAGUGUUGGCAAUCAGGGCAUGGUUCAGACUAUAGACACUGGCACAGAGCCGUCAGGGCCGCCAAAGUAUAGUGAUAUUGACUCCUUGGUGACACCCGAACGCUCCCAGUUGCCCAUGGAGCCGCCGCCGCCAUACACAGAGCUUGCCGUACCCGGCACAUCAACGCAGAAAAUCGCAAAGGUGUGAAACAUGCUUUGCAAUCGCUGAAUUUGGAAGGAUGCACUAUAAUUGACAUAAACGAAUGCAAAGUACACAAUGUAUAUUUAAUCAGUGAUAAAUCAAAUAUUUAGUGCCUUACAGUGCAAUACAUACAUAUAUAUAUAUAUAUCUCACCCAGGCAUGAAGCACACUUAAAGGUUUGACAUGUACAAUUGAAGGCUGCUGACAGGGCUUUUCGUUUCUAUCUUAUCUGAAUGUAUUGUUUGUAUGUUGCCAUAAUUUGAUGAUUUGUCAUUAGUUGUUUGAUAAAAUAACAUACUGUUCAAAAUUAAAACAUGCAACACUUAUAUAAUGCGCUGUCAAUUCAUUACAAAUGAUAUAGCUCAGGAUAAACGCGCAACGUAGGAUUAUUGUUAACUCUAAGCUAUCUUUUAUACAGUUGUAAACUUUGUUUUUUGCUCGAUAUUUGCAUGAUGAACAUUUAGAAUUAAUUUGGAAAACAAGAGGCUUUGGAAACAUUCUAAAUGAUUGUCUACGCCUGGGACAUGAUAUCAUCAUUCUCCACUUCAAAUGUCUGACCUGGCCAUUUCUGUAAUUGAUCACCUUGUCCAUUUUAUAUGAUACUUUUCAAGUAAACUUCUAGAAUUUA